AACACAUGCAACAAAACUUUCUUCCUCACCGAUAACUUCACUGAAACGAGUCGAUCUGCUGCUGCUGCGCACUCAGCUGAGUUAUAGACGCACAAGAAGACCAAUACAAACAGCCGACAACUACGAAACUUUAGUUUGAACGUCAAUACUUUCCACAAAAGUUUUUUUGUGUGUAUUUUUUUUUUGAUGGAAGAUCAUGAGCGAGUAUCGGAUGGUUUAUUCAUUCCUCUGUCACAUUUGAUCAAUCAACCCCGAUGGAGCCGCAUACGUUAGCGAACAAGUGUUUCUGCCCUGAUCUAUGGUAGUUAUUAAUAUCAAUAUCGUUUUUGAUCAUCGGGGACUGAGUAUUGAUCUGUGCUGACAUGGAUCUUCAGGUGAUUGUCUGGCUGUUCUACUGCUUUCUGAUGCCCACCGUGCUGUUAACAGCUAGUCUUUUUCGCUACAACGUCCUGUCACUGGUCCACUUCCUCUACCUGCUGCUGCUGCCAUGGUUCCUGUGUCCCAACAAGCACACAAUCGGAGGUCACACAGGUCGGUUUAUCAGAGCAGUAUUCUGCACCAGUCUACUAUUUGUACUGGCUCAUAUUUGCUUCCAGACAGUACUAUACACAUAUCCUCCCCUCAACAUCGCCAUCGGGGAUAACUGUUCACAAUGGGACACCAUAACCAGGCACAUAGGACUGUCCAGGCUUCCCUUAGAUGAUCCUUGGAGUGUGCUACGCCUUCUGUGUCCUGACCUCGGUGUGUGCGUGGUUGCCUUGACAACAAUGGUCCUCUGCCGAAGAUUAGUGAGGAACAGAGAAAUGGUUGCUGCUGCCAACAUUACAUCGCUUGAAGAUGAUCCAACAGAAAGAAACACAGACGAUGAGGAGGAGGCGGAGCAUAAGGAAAAGGAGGAGGAGGAGGAGGAGGAGGAGGAGGAGGAGAAGGAAGGGGCAUCAGGAGAUGAAGAUGAGGAAGAAAGGUCAUUACCUGGUGACCCUGACGAAGAGAUUUCCACAGCAACAAGAGCCAAGCAGCUAGCUGAGCGUCUGAAGGCCAAUGCCCGGAAAAUUUUACGGGACCUGGGAAGAGUCUUGGCCAUCAGCCUGCUGGCUCUGGCUGGCAUCACACUGCCCUCUGCCUUCUCAGCCGUCUACUUCCUGCUUUUCAUCGGCGUGUGCACAUGGUGGGCGUGCCACCUUCCCAUCAGUCACCUGGGUUUCAAUGCCCUGUGUGUGAUGGUGGGCUUCUUCACUGCUGGUCACAUGGUUUGUCUGUACUUAUACCAGAGUCUGCUGGCCCAGGCCCUGUUCCCCCCACACAGUCUGUGGGCCAGACUCUUUGGUCUGAAGGACAUCAUCAUAGCAGGAAACUGCUCCUCGCCUUAUGACCUUAACCUCAAUGCUGAUCAUGAUUGGCCAGUGUAUGUGAACCCAGGAAUACUGUUCCUUCUCUACAUUACCAUAACAACUGUUCUCAAGACAGGGUGUCAUGGAACAUCUAACCAGGUUAAAGAAGAGCAGCAGCAGAAGAAAGUAGAAGAGGAGGAGAUGGUGGAGUUAAGGUCAUGGAAUCAACAGAAAGAUAACUAUGAAGAUGACACACAGCUCAUGCUUCAGUCGAUGGGCUCAGAAAGCAGCAGAGCAGGAACUAUAGCUGAAGAGAGUCCGCCAGAUCUCGGUGCUAGUGGGGCCCCCAGUGGCCCCCACCAGACUGAAAGCCCGUUUUUCCUGCUGGGAAAGGUGGUCAUGCAGCAGAGCUAUGUCUGUGCUCUCAUAGCCAUGAUGGUUUGGAGCAUCACAUACCACAGCUGGCUGACCUUUGUGCUGCUGCUGUGGGCGUGUCUCAUCUGGAUGCUGCGAGCCAGACGCCAUGCAGCCACACUGUGCUCUCCGUUCAUCCUGCUUUAUGGCGUGGCUCUUUGCUGUCUGCAGUAUGUCUGGGCCAUGGAACUUCAGCCUGAACUGCCCACCACUGUGGGCACCAUGAGCCUCAGACAGUUGGGACUGGACAGAGCCCAGUACCCCUGUCUAAGACUGGGAGCUAUGCUCCUGUUUACUUUAACCUUCUGGCUGUUAGUACGUCAGUCAGUGAAGGAAAACUUCAGCAUGAAGAGGAAAAUGGACUCACCACUACAGGAGGUCACUACAGGAGAAGAAGGGGCUGCUAAUGAAUCGGUGCUGAAUGUUCUGGGAGGCAUGGUGAUGAGCUCUUAUGCCAAAUACUGGAUUUACGUGUGUGGAGGGAUGUUCAUCAUGGUCUCCUUCGCUGGAAAACUUGUUGGAUACAAGAUCAUCUACAUGCUACUGUUCCUGCUCUGCCUCUGUCUCUAUCAGGUGUACUACUCUCUGUGGAGGCGUCUGCUGAAGCUCUUCUGGUGGCUUGUUGUGGCCUACACUAUGCUGGUGCUGAUCUCCAUCUACACUUACCAGUUUGAAGACUUCCCUGGAUACUGGAGAAACUUUACUGGUUUUACAGAAGAACAGCUGGCAGCGAUUGGUCUGGAGACGUUCGCUCUGUCUGAACUCUUCAGCAGUAUUCUGAUCCCCGGCUUCUUCCUGCUGGCCUGUAUCCUGCAGCUGCACUACUUCCACAAACCCUUCAUGCGAAUCACUGACCUGGAGGAUGUUACACCUAUACGCAGGAAGAAGAACCGCGAGAGGACUGAGCAGAUUGGUUCUGGCAAUGUGGGAAUGAACUUUGAAGAGGAAGACCUGGUUAAUAACAUUGAUGAGGAAUCUGAAGACGAAGUGGAGUUGGUGCUCAGUAAGUGGGGUCUGGUGAUGGACAGGAUACUGGUUCUGUCCAGAAGGUUCUCUGACAAUCUCAGCAGAGUUCAGGAGUUUAUCUGGAGGCUUCUGGAGCUCCACAUCCUCAAGAUGGUUGCCUUUUUCUCUGUGUGGGUUUCACUCGAAGAGCCCUCCGUGAUGAACCUGGUCCUGGUGGUGCUGUGGUCUCUGGCGAUGCCCUACGUUCGCUUUGGGCCCAUGGCUUCCUGUCUGUCGACAGUCUGGGUGUGUGUCAUCAUCAUGUGCAAGAUGCUGUACCAGCUCAGUGUUGUCGACCCUGUUGGGUACUCCAGUAAUUGUAGCCUGCCUCGAACAAAUGAAACCAACCUGCUACAAGAAGAGAUGAUGAACUCCUCUCUGUACAAGGACCCAGUGGAUCCAGCCAGAUGGUUUGGAAUCAGGAAAGAUGCAACAGUACUGGGAUACAGCAAGAACCAUUUAAUAGUGCUGAUGCUGUUGGUGUUUGAGGCAACAGUGUAUCGUCACCAGGCUCACCACUACCGUCAGCUCCAGCGAUCUCCUCCCACCAUCACUGCUCUGUUCCCCGCCGCCACCAGGGACACUCUGGACAAGGGCCUCAUACCCUGCUUCAAGUACCUGCUCAACUACACCUUCUACAAGUUUGGAUUAGAGAUUUGCUUCCUGAUGACGGUUAAUGUGAUUGGCCAGCGGAUGAACUUCUUGGUGAUAAUUCAUGGCUGUUGGUUGGUAGCCAUCUUGGUGAGGCGGCGGCGGGCAGCUAUGGCCAUGAUCUGGCCCAGAUAUUGUCUCUUUCUGUCCAUCUUCAUGAUUUACCAGUAUCUUCUGUGUGUGGGCAUACCACCUGCUCUCUGUAUAGACUACCCAUGGCGCUGGAACACUCCAGUGUUGAUUAACUCAGCUCUCAUUAAAUGGAUCCAUCUGCCUGACUUCUACACUGUGCCUAACUCUAAAAACCUCAUAGCGGACUUUGUGCUGCUGAUGUGUGCGUCCCAGCAGUGGAAGGUGUUUGAGUGUGAGCACACAGAGGAGUGGAUGGUUCUUGCAGGAGAGAACACAGACCACCCUGAACCAAUGGAAGGUCGACUAUUUAACCCUGCACCCAACUUCAUCAACUGCAGGAGUUACCUGGACAUGGCUAAAGUGUUGGUCUUUCGUCACCUCUUCUGGUUUGUGCUGUCGGUGGUCUUCAUCACUGGGGCCACCAGGAUCUCUGUGUUUGGACUGGGCUACCUGCUCGCCUGCUUCUUUUUUCUGCUGUUUGGUACGCAGCUAUUGGUCAAAUCAUCCAGGACCCGCCUCGCACUGUGGGACUGUCUCAUCAUCUACAACGUGGCUGUCAUCAUAUCUAAAAACAUGUUAUCAAUCCUGGCGUGUGUGUUUGUGUUUGAGAUGCAGAAGGGCUUCUGUUGGGUCAUUCAACUCUUCAGCCUGGUUUGCACGGUCAAAGGAUACUAUGACCCGAAAGCAGUGAGUGACAAGACCUGCAGCCUCCCAGUAGAAGAGGCAGGGGUCAUCUGGGACAGUAUUUGUUUUCUCUGCCUGUUGCUACAGAGGAGAGUCUUCCUCAGUUACUACUUCCUGCAUGUGAUGGCAGAGCUGCAGGCUUCUGCCAAGCAGGCUUCGAGGGGGUUUGAGCUCUUCAGAGCCAGUAUCGUGAAGAACAUUACAUUCCACCAACAAGCUGAGAGGAAAUCUCUGUCACAGCUCAAGAGAUCGAUGCAGAGAAUUCGCUCCAAGCAGCAGAAGUACAAAGAUGGACAUAAAACAAGUGAAGAUUCUAACGACAGUCAGACUGCUGAGACCCAGAAAGACAAGAAGAGUUCCAGGAAGAAGAAGUGGCACCAGCCAUGGUUGGACCAUGCUUCAGUGCUCCACUCAGGAGAGUACUACCUGUUUGAAUCAGACAGUGAGGAUGAAGAGGAGUCUGAAGAACAGAAACCUCAGAAACAGACCGCCUGUCAGCUGGCAUACCAGGCGUGGGUGACCAGUGUGAAAACAGCUUUGAGAGAACGUCAGAGACACCAGAGACAGAUCAGGAGGAUUGAGAGAAAAGAGAAAGAGAAGGAAGGAAGAGUGGAUUCACAACAGGAGGCUUUUUCUGUGAUAGGUUGUGGGGACAAUGAUGUGUUUGAGGACCCCGGCCUUCAGGAGGAGCAGCCAGAGGAACAGCAGUCUGGUCAUGGUGAGAUGGUUCAGAGGAUCUUGGAUAUCCUGCGCUUCUUAUUGGCCAUAGUUUUGGCUAUGGUGGAUGGACUGACUCACUGGCUCAACCUGCUUACUAAACAGUACAGAGAGACAUCUACUGUUUUGUGCAAUGAACGCUACUUCGUCAUACACAAGAUACAGCAGCAUAAUACAGCAGACUCCACAGAUGACCAGGUAUCUCAGGGCAGUGAGAGUCCCACACUGGAGACUUGUUCGGAUGACACAGAUGCAGACUCCACCAGAUACAGCUGCCUUGAGAUGGAUAGCAGGGGUGUGACAGGCAGCUCGACCCCCAGGCCAAGGCUCAACAGCACUGGGAACCUGUUGAGUCCAGAACCCCCAUCCAGCAGCAUGGAGCUGGUACCAUCCAAACAAAACACUCACAGACACUCCAGAACAGCCAGCGAGCUGCUGGGAGACAAGCAGUUCUUCAUUGAGGAGCUAGAACAGAGCAGAGAGUUCUAUAACAGCCAGAGCCGUCUGCUGAAGCUGUUGUUUGCCUUGUACAACCUGCUGGCAGCCAACUCAGAGCUAGUCUGCUAUUUUAUCAUAGUGUUAAACAACGGGGUCAGUGCCUCUGUGAUAUCACUGUUCCUCCCUAUCCUGGUGUUCCUAUGGGCUAUGUUGUCUGUUCCAAGACCAACCAAGAGGUUUUGGAUGACUGCUAUAGUCUACACAGAGGUGAUGGUGGUGGUGAAAUACCUGUUCCAGUUUGGAUUCUUCCCUUGGAACAGUGCUUAUGAGAUGACUUUAAAUGAAGACAAACCAUUCUUCCCACCUUGCAUCCUGGGCCUGGAGAAGACUGACAACUACAUCCGAUAUGAUCUUCUUCAGCUGCUGGCUCUGUUCUUCCACAGGUCCCUGCUCAUGCGUUAUGGCCUGUGGGACCACGAAGGCCCCCUGGAGGAGCAGAGCCCCUCACCAGAAAGUUGUAAGGAUGAAGGAAAAACUAAAGAAGGAGAUGAAGAUGGAAGGAGGAAGGAUGGGAGAGGAGAAGAGGAGGAGGAGGGCAGAGUUCGCUCAACAUCUACCCUGGAUAACCUGGCAAUCACUGAACUGGACCAACUUGAAAAGGAUAAUGUGGACUAUGUUAAACCGAGUACCAGCUCGGUCGCUGCUACCACACAACCUCCUGCAGCUGAAGCAGCACCCAGUGGGUCAAAAGAUGGACAGGAAACUGCUUCUGGGCUGAAGGACAUGUUGAGUCUUCCCAGCAUGCAGAGGAAGGAUAAGAUGGAGGCAGACAAUGAGCAGUUGAUAGAGGAAGUCCCAAAGAAAAGCAGCAGUCUCCGCUUCCGCAGGAAACCUAAACAACCCAAAAAACAGAGCAGCAAAGUGGAGCCCACAGCUGAGACUGCAGAUCCCUGCGAAGAACCAGUGAAGAAGAAGAAGAAGCAGAAAGGUCGGAGGAGAGAGGAAGCCAGUCAGAGAUUGCUAGCUGCGGGAGAAAAGAUAAAACAUGUCUGUAUCUCUGGUAUUCAGAGUGUUUACAGGCCGGCUCAGGGAUUCUUCAGUGGUAUUCUCCAUGCUGAGUAUCGUGCUGCCACAGAUGUCUAUGCGCUCAUGUUCCUGACUGAUGUCAUUGACUUCAUCAUCGUUGUCUUUGGUUUUUGGGCCUUUGGGAAACACAGUGCAGCAGCUGAUAUAGCCUCCACCCUGUCAGAGGACCAGGUUCCUGAGGCCUUCCUGGUGAUGCUGCUCAUCCAGUUCAGCACUAUGAUCAUCGACAGAGCCUUGUACCUCCGCAAGGCUGUUUUAGGAAAACUCAUCUUCCAGUUGAUCCUUGUGUUUGGGAUCCACCUGUGGAUGUUCUUCAUCCUGCCUGCUGUCACUGAAAGGAAGUUCAAUAAGAACUUUGUGGCCCAGCUCUGGUACUUUGUCAAGUGCAUUUACUUCGGCCUUUCAGCCUAUCAGAUCCGCUGUGGAUACCCCACUCGUAUCCUCGGCAACUUCCUCACCAAGAAAUACAACCACCUCAACCUGUUUCUCUUCCAAGGGUUUCGUCUGGUGCCAUUUCUGGUGGAGCUGCGAGCAGUGAUGGACUGGGUUUGGACUGACACCACUUUGUCUCUUUCUGACUGGAUGUGUGUGGAGGACAUUUAUGCCAACAUCUUCAUCAUUAAAUGCAGCCGUGAGACAGAGAAGAAAUACCCACAGCCUAAAGGACAAAAGAAGAAGAAGAUGGUGAAAUAUGGCAUGGGUGGACUUAUCAUCUUCUUCUUGAUCUGCAUCAUCUGGUUUCCUCUUCUCUUCAUUUCAUUGGUCCGAUCAGUGGUGGGUGUGGUCAACCACCCCAUCGAUGUCACAGUGACUGUGAAGCUGGGAGGAUACGAGUCAUUGUUCACCAUGAGUGUGCAACAGCAGUCCAUCCAGCCCUUCACAGAGGCUGAAUAUGACCAACUCACCCAAAAAUUUGGAGACAAUGCGGUAGCCAUGCAGUUCAUCACGUUAUACAGUUAUGAGGAUAUUGUGACGGCCAUGAUCGAAGGUAGUUCAGGAUCGGUAUGGAGGAUCAGCCCUCCCAGCAGACAGGAAGUCAUUAAAGAACUGCUUGGAAGUCCAGUUGACCUAACACUGCGUCUGGCCUGGAAUUUCCAGAGGGACCUAGGUAAAGGAGGGACAGUGGAACACACAUCUGACAAACACUCUAUAGACCUGGAACCUGGGAACCCAGUCAGAGCAGAUCUGGCUUCACUACUGGUUGGAAAUCGCACUGAGCCUGUGCAUGUUCCUAAUAUGUUCCCUAACUACAUCCGUGCCCCCAAUGGAGCUGAGGCCAAACCAGUUGCUCAACUAUAUAAAGGUAAUGAAGAUGCUUUCCUGAAUAUAACCUUGUCCCUGAUGAGUGACAGGUCACUGAAUGGCAGUGGGAACCAAGAGUGGUGGGACAUUGCCAUUGCAAACUGUGCCCCCUCCUCAUGUGGAGUUCUACCUAUGGUUAUAUUCAAUGACAAAGUCAGUCCACCAAGUCUGGGUUUCCUGGCUGGAUAUGGGAUCAUGGGUCUGUAUCUGUCUGUGGUGUUAGUCAUUGGGAAGUUUGUUCGUAGCUUCUUCAGUGAGAUCUCCCACUCCAUCAUGUUUGAGGAGCUGCCCUGUGUGGAUCGCAUCCUGAAGCUCUGCACAGACAUCUUCCUGGUGCGUGAGACAGGAGAGCUGGAGCUAGAAAAGGAACUUUACUCCAAACUGAUCUUCCUCUAUCGAUCUCCAGAGACGAUGAUCAAAUGGACCAGGGACAUGUACAGUCGAGAACAAGACAGACACUGACUGACUGAUUAUGUUUGGUUGUAAUAGAACAUAGUGAUAUCUGAAGCGCGCUACAAAGAUGUCCAGGAGACAGCACAAGGACGGCUUCUUGAGAACACUCCUUACCAGAGUGGACACUGCCUUACAGCCAAGGAGACAAAUGAAAGGAGAUGUACACUCAUAGACACACUGAAUGAAACAAAUCCUUUUGCUGGACGAUUGUUGCUGUUGCAUCUUUUCAGCUGCCUGAGCACUUUUAUCAAACUACCUUACACUACAGACUAUUAAGAGUGCAGUUGCAAUCUCACAGUGUGUGGGAUGGAUAGCAGCUGGAUGUUUGUCCUGCAGGAUUUGGACAUAACCGCCCUAGAAUUCAAAAUAAGCAAUCAAAUUGAGCUAUGUUAAUAGUCAGAGUUCAAAGGUCUGAGAGACACUUCACUCCCGUCCUCGGUGCAUUUGAGCCAAGCAGGUGGAGUGACUGUGUGGCUGAAACACCCUCCAAGUGUUGCGCCAUCUGAAGUUACUGUAUGAGUAUGCUGAUUGAUUUGACAACAUACCAUGCUGUCAAUCAAACGCGCAAAGGUUUGUUUAAAUCAUUAAUUCUUGUAAAUGCAACAUGUGUGUGCAGCAGCCAUGUUUGUUUGACUUUACAUCAUGAACUGAGAUUUUACCAAAAAGGUCUGCUUUAAAGGCCUUUUUAGGUUGUAAGAAGUCGCCAAAUUCUGAGUUUGGACUAUUUAAAAGCAGCUCUUUCUGUUCCCGGCCACCACAGGCAAAAUAAUGAAGCAUAUGUGGCAUGAACACUAAACUUCUAAGUUAAAAAACGUCUGUCACUAUUGUGUUGGCUCACAGACCUCGUGAUCUUAAAAACUCUGAAAGAAAUCAGACUCAUUGUCAGACAGUGGCCCUGAGAGCUCUGUAAUGCGCUGACAAGACAUAACAUUAGCUGCAUAAAGAGAAAACACAACCACACGACAACGUAAAAUGUUUCCAGGGGACACUAAAAAGUGAUGCACACGGCUGGGACACGCUUGUCUCCAUGGUUAAGAAGUUAUUGGACUCAGGUAAGAAAGUUAGCUAAAAUGUAGUUAGGUUGUUUUGGUUUAUUUUAACAUUGUGAUCAAAUGAUUCAGAGAUCAUUGCAGAUGUCUGCUGUUAACCCAGCGUGAGGCUUUUGCUUAUUGUUAUCCUGCCAUUUCAAAUAAUCUGAUGAAAUACGCGCAAUUAAUUGUGAAACAGGAUAACGCUUUGUUAGCUGGCUAUAGUUACUUUCACUAAGUGACCUUCAAGGACGAAAAUAAAUUUGAAAUGGUUUAAUUAAUGCUGUAAAUUUUCUUAUUGUACACAUUACAUUUUUGAGUUAUUAGAAUGACUUAUAUUACUAAUUUAUGUUAUAUACUGUGGUAAGACUAUAUAUUCGGACUUGCAGAAUUAAGUUAUAUUAUUAUAUAUAAAAAUGAUUCCAUAAUCUUCUAUAGCACUUUAACUACUAUUUAAUUUAUAUAUUUACAUGUGUAACAGUUUAAUUGUUAUAUCCUGUUCCUCUAUCCAAAGAGUUAGUUAGUUCCUUCCCUGUCGUAGUUUUGUGGGACAGGUGUGAGUGUUGAGUGGAGAGUCUGCUGAGAACCCAGAGAGAGUGAAGUUCACUGUCUGACCAUAUUGGUGUUGAUUAAAGAAGAUUAUUCAAAGGAAAAGUAAUUAAAAGACAAAGAAAUAAAGAAUUUGUAACGACAAGAAGGGCAGCAGUUACUUAAUUGUUAACUGUUGAAAAAAUGAAACAAAGUGAUAGCUUUCACUUUAUUUGUCUAGUCAGCAAAACCUGCCAGUUGUGUAACUUUCUUAUCCCCUAUUAUUAUUAUUAUAGGUUCUGAAAGACAGUCUGGUGAAGAUGUUUUUAUGUUAUUCUUUCUUAAUGUGCAGUAUGUUACGCUCUCAGGGCCACUGUAUUGUCACACAGGAAUGUGGCUGGCUGUUUUAGCUGUUCCAGACAGCACACUGCCGUUUCCUUUUCUACCUGAAAGUACACGUUGUAUUUGUUUAUUUACACUCUGAUUUAGACAUUAUAAAUACAAUAUGUUGCUACUGUAUAGGAAUCUUGUUUUAUACACAACAAAUGUAUGGAGAUACAAAUCAACCAGCCAUGUUUGAACAACCAAAGUACUUACUGGAUUUUUCACUGAUGGGUCAUUACCCUCCAAGUGUAAGUUAUAUUUAUCUGAACAGCAAAACAACACUCAAAAAAUUCAUAGGUGCAACCUUCUGCAAACUUUGAGAUGUUUGUUGCUGCAACUUUUCAGAGAAAAUGCAUCAGAAGACAAAGAAUCAUGUAAAUAAAUCUAAGUGGCUGAUACCAGCUAAUGACUGUGAAAAGGUCCACUGUGACAGCUUUCCCCACUCACUCAGCUGGAGAGAAACAAGCUAAUAAAGCACGUCUGUCUGUUGAAAUGGUCGUUUAUCAAUCAAAAUGUCCACAGGAAGAUGCAAUGACAAGGAGUUCUACAAGAUUCCAAAUUCUUAAUUGAACAUUUCCACCAACCACUGUGUGUUUUCCUGGUGGAAGAAGGCUCAGGACAAACUUUCCUCCAAACAACUUCUAGAAAAUCUGACAAUUUGGUCAAGACUGGGAAAGAUAUGGACUUGUGAGCUGGUCAGGUUGUGUACUCUACUCACAGCCAGAGGACAUCACUAUGAUGUUAUCUGGCUGUGACUAGAGUACACAACAUCACUAUGAUGUCAUCAGGUUUAUUUUAUCACUCCAGAGCCACAGAAGCCAUCACACAACUUCAGCAUUAAAGUUGAGCUACUGCCGCCUUAAAGGCAGAAAUGGAAAUGUUCAUGUUCUCAGCUGGGAUUAUAUCUAGUUAUUGGAGUAGUUAUCUGACUAACAUCAAACUUUUUUUAUAAUCUCAUCAUUCUGUUAGUAAUGAUUGGCUGUGAGAUGUUUGGAUUGAUUCUUUGUCAGGAAAUGGAGCACAGAUCAUCAUAGUGCUGGCAUUAAAGCUCUACAGUAUUUCCUGAAUGUAAUGACCAGUUUACCUUUUUAACUCCAGUUUCCUGUAAUAUGAAGCUCACGCAGUCAGAAACAUAAUUUAGGAACAGAUCACAUUAACCAUGAACAUGAGACAAUGUACAAAAACAAGGGUUUUAAAUUGAGUGAGAAAGGUAUAAUCCUAAAGAGCACUGCUCGGGUUGCUGCAUUCAUCUUGUGAUUAUUGCGCCACAUGGCCUGGUAUGAGAUGAUAAUAAAACAUAAAAUGAAUUCUGUUAUUAUGGGAUUCAACCAAA